AUUGGCCGGAACACUCGUAGUAUAUAGUACAGGCUGGCUCUGGGGGCUGGGAGGGUACGGGCGUUGUGGACCUAUAACACUACACUGGAUACGGCUGCUUGUUGUAGCCGGACAACCUCUAUAUACCUGGGAUCCUCUGUAUAGCCGGACUCUGUGGAUAAACGCUCAUUACUUAUCCCAACAGCAGGAUAUCUAUUACUCCCCACGGAUUGCUCGGACAUCUGGGAGAGUAAGCAGAGACAAUGCCUCUCAAUUCAACUUUCCAGAGUCGGAACUAUGACUAUGAAUACGACUCAAUGCAGCCGUAUUUCUACUUUGAGGAGGAAGAAGAGAAUUUCUACCAGCAGCAGCACAGUAGAUUACAGCCUCCUGCCCCCAGUGAGGACAUCUGGAAGAAGUUUGAGCUCUUGCCCACCCCACCACUUUCUCCCAGUCGCAGAUCCAGUCUUUCCAGCCUUUUUCCAUCCCAUGCAGACCGGUUAGAGAUGGUCACAGAGUUCCUAGGAGGAGAUAUGGUGAAUCAGAGCUUUAUAUGUGAGCCUGAUGAUGAGACCUUGGUCAAGUCAAUAAUUAUCCAGGAUUGUAUGUGGAGUGGCUUCUCUGCAGCAGCCAAGUUGGAGAAAGUGGUCUCUGAAAAGCUGGCAUCUUACCAGGCUUCCAGGAAGGAGGGCUCUUUAUCUUCCCAGAACCAGCCUCAGCAACAGAUCCUGCAGAAGACUCCCUCUUGCCAUGGGAGCAUGAGUCCAGUAAGGUCCAAUCACAGCUACUUGCAGGACCCUAGUUCUGACUGUAUUGACCCAUCUGUGGUUUUUCCAUACCCACUCAGUGAGACAAUCUCAAAAGCCAACCCACCCCGCCUGGUCAAAGACUUGAGCAUGGAUACACCACCCAUCAGCAGUAACAGCAAUAGCAGUGACUCUGAACAAGAUGAUGAACCAGAUGAUGAGGAUGAAGAUGAUGAUGAUGAAGAAGAGGAUGAAGAAGAAAUUGAUGUUGUCACUGUAGAGAAAAGACAAACUGCAUCAAAGAGAAACGAAUCAAGCACUCAUUCACAGCAAUCCCGACCUCACCACAGCCCACUAGUUAUGAAGAGGUGUCAUGUACCCAUUCAUCAACACAAUUAUGCUGCACCUCCCUCUACCAAAGUGGACUACCCUUCUUCAAAAAGGGCAAAGUUAGAAAGCAACACUAGGGUACUUAAACAGAUCAGCAACAACCGUAAGUGUACAAGCCCGAGGACAUCGGACUCAGAAGAAAAUGACAAGAGAAGGACACACAAUGUUUUGGAAAGGCAAAGAAGAAACGAGCUUAAGUUAAGUUUCUUUGCCCUUCGUGACCAGAUACCAGAAGUAGCAAGCAAUGAGAAAGCACCAAAAGUUGUAAUCCUUAAAAAAGCAACAGAAUUUGUUAUUUCAAUGCAGGAAGAUGAGCGAAGGCUUUUAAGAGAAGCAGAUCAAUUGAGAAUUAAAAAAGAACAAUUAAAACAAAAACUUAAUCAGCUAAGGAACUUUGGUAUUUAAGUUAGAAAUUAUCCAAAAGACUAAUAUGACUGUUGUCUCAUGUUGGAGACCUAUAAAAUGACAUUGUUGCAUGCAAGGAUUCAAAAACUACACAACCUUGGCAUGGUCUCAACAGAUUUUGCCAGCACCUUAAACUGCCUCAGUACUUUGGGAAAUACGGGAUGAUGGGACUUUUUUUUUUUUGCCAAUUCCUUUUUUGUUUUACAAAUCUUUGUAUUUAAAACGUUUAUUUUUCUUAUAAACAAACUCUUGAAGUUUUUGUUCUAAAUAGCUAAAGUAUAUACAGUCUUUCUUGUGUAAUAUCUUUAAUAAAUCUUUAUAGAAAUUGUAUUCACUUUUCUAACAAUCAUGGCAACAGAAUGAAACAAUUUUCACCUUGUCUGUUGCCAUGAUGCAUUUAACAAUGGUUUUUUUUAUUUAAAAUAUUAAUUGUAUUAAAGUUGUCAUUAGUUGAUAUAUUUUUCUAAUUUUGUCAUCUCAAAUUCUGAAGAUCUGAUAUAUAUAAAAAAAAAAAUUACCAACAUGUGACUUGUUAUAAAUUCACUCUUGUUAAACCUUUCAAGUCAGUUAGGUCCUUCAAUACAGUAUAUAGUACCUGUCCCUUUUUGUUGAUGGGAAUUGUUAGUUGCUAAUUGAAUUCCUGUUUCUAUAUUGAAGUUAAAUGAUAUUAUAACAUGCUGGUCUGAAACUUCAUCCUUGUAUUACCAAACUUCUUUGCUUAUCCAAAAUUUUCCAUAUUGGGAAAUGUCCUAAGGUGUGGUAAUAACAAGCUGUUUGGAAUAAGCUUCAGAAAAUAAAACUUAAAAAAAAAGUCUUGUCUUGUUCAAUGCUUGAAUAUGAUCUAGAACUAAAGUAAAACUUUUCUUUAUCCUAAAACCUCUUAAACUCAUAAUAAAUGACUAGGAAAUGUGUUGGUGCAGAACAUCCCUAGGGACAUUUCUCCAAAUAGGAAGGUUUUUUUUUUUUCAAGUUACUGUCCACCCUCCCCCCCUUCAUAGGUGUUUAUAUAAUCUCUGCAACAAGGAACACAAUCUGAUGGACUUCCACCACGGCUACCAAAAACGCAGUAUGAAAGCUACAAUGUUGACUUAUGAAACGACUCUUCUUUAAUGAUUCAGAUUUAAGUGUGUGCUCUAUUACCAAUUUUGUUUUCUCUUGAUAUAGUUUAUUGAAGUAGCAAUGCACUACUUAAAGCUAGCUGAACAUAUUGGUUAAGACAAUAAGAGGUAUAUAUGCGCAGCCACCAAUCUGCAACUGGUCGGCUAGUAAAUUGGAAAGAAGUUUAAAUUUGUAUGCGCUGUCUGAAUCAUGAAAUACAUUUUCUUUGUGUUUAAUGUCCCUUUAAAGGGACAAACAAUAAAUGUGAGCUAGAAUGAUUACAAUAAUAAAACGAUUAGUCUGAGAAUAAGGGGUAGAUUUUAUUUGUUUCAUUGGUGGUUUAAAUAUUAAAAUAAGUAGUUUUAGUGUCUCUAAAACAGUGGAAGCUGCAAUUUAAAGGGACAGUCAAGUAUAAAUUAAACUUUCAUUAUUCAGAUAGGACUUUUCAUUUUAAUAAACUUUCCAAUUUACUUUAA